GGCGGGUCAAACCGGCGCGAGGAGGCCGCGGCGGACUUUCUGAAAUGGGACACGGCACAGCCUGGAGCUAAAUUAGCCGCGAUGUCCAAUAAGAGUAAGUCCCAGUCGCAGCAGCAGCAGCAGCCGCAGCCGCAGCAUUAUCAGCAGCAACAGCAGCAGCAGCAGCAACAUCCUCCGCACGUGAUCAAGCCAGUGGACCAAUUGCCGCCGCGCUAUCAGCCCCCGCCGCAGCCUACCAGCGGCAUCUUGAAGAACCACCUACACUUCACCAACGGAGGUACAUCCGCGCCAGGUUUGGCUCAGACCGGCAGUAAUCAAGGCCCAGGCGCGGCCUUGAACCAUCAUCAGAGCACACAGCCGCGCACGUUGCCGCCACCCCCGCCGUCUUCGCAGCAUCAUCAGCAGCAGCAUCAAUCGCAGCAACCAACUCAAUCACAGCAGCAAUCGCAGCAGCAGCCACCGUCGAAGGAUGCGCAAAGCAAAUACUCGCCAAGGAUAGAGCAUCAUCAUCAUCAUCCCCAACCGGGUAAUCCGCUGAUCGCUGCCGCAUCGCGGAAAAAAAAACAACAACCGCAGCUGUCAACUUACCUCCAACAGCCUAAACUCGGCCAAGGUCAAUACUUGCCACCCAGCAGUCAGUAUCCGGCGGUGAACAACGGCCAGAGCGCGCCGGUCAGACAGAGGAUCAGCGACGACGAAUUUCUGCGACUCGGCCCCGUGGAGAUGCUUAAGUUCGUGCGGAAAACCGAGAGUGACAUCGCUAGGCUCGCCGCCGAGCAGAAUCGCCAGAUACAGAACUUGCUGAAUGAGCUGCGGUUGCUGAAGGAAGCCAACCAAAGACUGAACGACGAUAACCAGGAAUUGCGCGAUCUUUGCUGUUUUUUGGACGACGAUCGUCAAAAGGGUCGCAAGCUGGCGAGAGAGUGGCAGAGGUUUGGCCGAUACACAGUGAGCGUUAUGCGACAGGAAGUCUCGGCUUAUCAGAAUAAGCACACUUCCACAUUUAACGACCAAACAAUGCAAUACGUGAGAAGCUUGGAGCAACGGGUGAAGCAAUUGGAAGAAGACAAGAGUGUUCUCCAGGCUCGUGCGCAAGGUUGGGAAGUGCUACCAUCGGGUGAAGUUUGGGAUAGUCCCGCGAGCCCGAACGACAAUACUCACUUAGGAAGCCGACCGGAGGCCGUAGUACGUGCUCUCCAAGUUCUCGAGGUCAGAGAACAGCUGGAAAGAGAAGAAGGUCAUGAUGGUGAAAAGGCGUUAGUUAGAGAAAUGUGCAAUGUCGUCUGGCGGAAAUUGGAAGAAGGUCCGCAAGCGAGGCAUUAAUGAUUGUGGGAGAACAACUAUCUGUCAAUUUUGGAGCGCUGUUAAUAUGUAAUAAUAAGCUCUAACAUACGUGACGUAAAGAUAGUAUUAUAGUGGAUAAGACGUCUGCUCUUUGUUGCUGCACUGAACUGCACUAAUUGUAAGACUUUCUAUCUCGUUUUCGCCAAACUUUAAAUAUAUAUCUACUUCGUUUUAAGUACACAUUAAGUGUAUAUUAGUUCAGCAAUAAAGAACAGA